AUGGAGCGCGGCGCCAUGCUGCCGCUCCUCCUUGUGGUGGUGCUGGUGCAGGUGCAGGUGGAGGCGCUCGCCGCCGUGGGCACGUCGUCGCUCGACUACCUUGGCGGUAAUACCAAGGCCAACAGCAAGCAGCAGCAGGAGAGGCAGCCAUUUCUGAAGCGCGAGGACGAGUUCUUCGCGACGGUGGCCAAGAAGCUUGGUCUGCGCUCCUUCACCGGCGGGCGUGGCACCUACAAGUCGAUGGCCAAGGAGUUCCUGGACGCGCACAACCGCGUGCGCGCCAAGUACGGCGUGCCCCCGCUGCGGUGGAGCAACAAGCUGGCCCGUUACGCGCGGCGGUGGUCGGCGGCGCGGCGGUACGACUGCGUGAUGAUGCACUCGCCGGCGCCGCCCUACGGCGAGAACGUGUACGAGGGCAGCGGGUGGGACUGGCACGCCGUGGACGCAGUGUCGGACUGGGCCAGCGAGGCGUCCUUCUACGACUGGCGGGCCCAGGCCUGCCACCCGGGCCAGGAGUGCGGCCACUUCAAGCAGCUCGUGUGGAGGACCACCAAGUACGUCGGCUGCGGACGGGCCGAGUGCUACAACGGACACUCCUUCUUCACAUGCUCCUACGACCCAGCCGGAAACUACAAGGGAGAGGAGCCACUCACCUAA